UCCCGUCGCUCUUCUCAAGGUGCCGUCCCUGCCUCACCUCCAAGGCAGUAUGAAGGCGACCCGGGACCACGCGAGCGCCCCUUUCUGUACGCGCUUCAACCACUCCGACCCGGGCAUCUGGGCGGCCGAGCGCGCCGCUGAGGCGCCGAGCAACCUCACGCUGCCCCCGGAGCCCAGCGAGGACUGCGGCUCGGUGUCCGUAGCCUUUUCGAUGACCAUGAUGAUCACCGGGUUCGUGGGCAACGCGCUGGCCAUAACGCUCGUGUCGAAGAGCUACAGGCGCCGGGAGAGCAAGCGCAAGAAGUCGUUCCUGCUGUGCAUCGGCUGGCUGGCGCUCACCGACAUGGUCGGGCAGCUGCUCACCAGCCCGGUGGUCAUCGUCCUCUACCUGUCCCACCAGCACUGGGAGCAGCUCGACCCCUCGGGGAGGUUGUGCGCCUUCUUCGGCCUGACCAUGACCGUCUUUGGGCUCUCCUCGCUCUUCAUUGCCAGCGCCAUGGCCGUCGAGCGGGCGCUGGCCACCCGGGCGCCGCACUGGUACUCAAGCCACAUGAAGACCAGCGUCACCCGCGCCGUGCUGCUAGGCGUGUGGCUGGCCGUGCUCGCCUUCGCCCUGUUGCCGCUGCUGGGCGUAGGUCAGUAUACCAUCCAGUGGCCUGGGACUUGGUGCUUCAUUAGCACCCGGCCUCAGGGCAACGGGACUAACUCCCGGCAAAACUGGGGCAACGUUUUCUUCGCUUCUGCCUUUGCCAUCCUGGGGCUCUCGGCGCUGGUGGUCACCUUCGCCUGCAACCUGGCCACCAUUAAGGCCCUGGUGUCCCGCUGCAGGGCCAAGGCCACGGCGUCGCAGUCCAGCGCCCAGUGGGGCCGAAUCACGACAGAGACGGCCAUCCAGCUCAUGGGGAUCAUGUGCGUGCUGUCGGUCUGCUGGUCGCCCUUGCUGAUAAUGAUGUUGAACAUGAUCUUCAAUCACACAUCAGUUGAACACUGCAAGACAAAUACAGAAAAUCAGGAUGAAUGCCACUUCUUCUUAAUAGCUGUUCGCCUGGCUUCACUGAACCAGAUCUUGGAUCCCUGGGUUUAUCUGCUGCUAAGAAAGAUCCUUCUUCAAAAGUUUUGCCAGGUAGCAAAUGCUGUAUCCAGCUACUUUAAUAAUGGACCUAAAGUGCCGACUAUCUCACUAUCCAAUGAAAUAACACAGACAGGAGCAUGAAAGAGAACACUUAAUCAACUUGCAUGUUCACAGCUUUUGGCAAAAAAUAGCCUUAAAUCUUACUGUGAAUUUAGGCAUCUCUGGCAUGCUGCUAUUUAUGCAUUGAAGCAGAAUUUUUGAUAUAAGGCCUAAAUGGUCUCAAGCAAAAAUAUUAAUAAUCCCCUAUGUGCCAAAAGUAUUGAAACACAAGCAAAGGAAAAUAGAUUAAUGUCAGUCUAGUGUUUUGGGGUCUCUUCCAUACGUAGCUGAAUGUGUGAUUAUUUAUUAGGUGAAAGCACUUCUUUUGUUUUUAUAAAUGAUCUUGGUCUGUAGUGGGGGCUGUAUAGAGAUAGUUAAUUUUCUAAUAUACUGAGUACAUGGGGAAUUCAACACACAGAUAUUUGAAGACAAGGCAACAGUUUAUUUUUGCUCAAAGGCCUUGGUCUUCUGCUUUCUCUUUUACUCUCUCUCUUCCUUUCUGUGUCACUUUCAUUCCCCUUAAAUUUUUUUUUAAAGUUGAUUUAGGAUGAAAAAAUGUAUAACAUAUUCACAGUAUUCAUUGAUACUGAUGUUAUUUAAAUGUCAUUCAAUAUGCAAAUUUGCUGCUAACCUUACAGAGUCUGUUUUGGUUUGGUUGGUAAUUAGGUUUAUUCAUUAUCUGAAUGAGUCAAUUAAUUCCAUUUAUUUCAAAUAUGACAAUUUAUGAACAUCCAAAUUGUUAAAUGUUCUUCCUUUAGAUUACAUUUUUAAUUCCUACAAGCCUGGAGCGGAUUCAUGAAACUGUGCUUGGGAGUCAGUGAAGUGAUUUUUUUCAAAAUUCUAUUUAAGGACUGAUUGAGCCCUAAAUAUAGGUACUUAAGCUAAUUAUUUUCCCUGAUUUUUCCACCCAAAAUAUUCUCUUCGGUCUUUUGUGUAUUUAAAUACUAACUCCUAUUCUAAGACCAGUAAAUAUUUUAAAGCUUCCAUAAAGACUUUCCAUAGUUUAGCCUAUUUAUAGGAUAAGGAAAUUAUAAUAUUGAUAUCUCACAGCACUUUCUUUGCCCUCUCUUCAAAGUUUCUAUCUAAAUAUUUAUUAUUAAAAUGUAUCUCCUUAUGUGUACAAACCUUGACAGCUAAGCUUGAUAUCUUUUUGGCACAAGCAGGUCACUACAUUAAAUUUUGAGAAUUACACUUAAAAAAAUAAAAGCAACUCCCCAACAAACAUAAGAAUCUUUUGAAUCAGACCUACAUAAAAUGUUCUUUGUACUCUUUAGAGCACUUGUUUUGCAAACUUACUGUUUCUCAUUCAGAGUUUAACUUGCUUUUUCCUUUAUUGUUUUCCCAGUUUUAAGAAACUUGAAAUUUAUACUCCUUUAUAGUAACUACCUUUUUUUGUGUGUAUUCAGUAGGCAAAGGGGGAAGAAUUAAUUUUAAGAGGUGAAAAAUAUCUAUUAGAUUAAUAUGUUUACCAGGCUAAGUCAAUUAGGAGGAAUCAAUUUAAAUGAUCAUGUCAAAUUGAGUGAGAAGGCAAAAUCUGCUGAGAGUGCUUAUGUAACUCAUGGUGGUUCCACUAGUCUAGGUUUUGGGGAAAAAAUGAUGACAAAUAACCUAUGCUAAAAGGAGAUUUAAAAAUUUCUCUAUACCAUAGAAUUGAAUUAUCCCACAAGUCACCUCGUGGAGGAUGAGACCAAACUACAUACUUUAAAAAAAUUGUACUUAAAUGACCUUAUAAUGACGAAGCUUUAGGUCCUAGGUUUAGACACAUACACAUAGCAUAGAUUCGAGUAGUGUGAGCUUGAAUGGGUUAUUUCUUCCAGCACCUUACACUAGGAAUAUAGAAAGUGUUCAAUGACUAUUUGUUCAGUGAAUGAAUGAAUAAUUAUUUGCCAAAACCAGGUGCACAUCAGUGUGGUCCCACUAUAUGGUUGAAGUGCUUCAUGACUUUAUAGACCAUUGAGCUGAUAAAGUGUGAACUCUGCUUGUUUAAUUACAGAAAUACAAAUUUAUCUUCAAAUGUUGAGUAUCAUAUUGCUUCAUAACAAAGUAAAUCAUUUGUAUUAAUAAUUUAA